UGACAUCACUCCAGUUGUUUCAUGGAGAAGCCGGAAGUGCAGGAAAAUUACAACAAACAGAGCGGGGGACCGUUACUGAUCCACACGUAGAGCUUGGCAAAGUCAAAGCCGAAAAUAAUUGCCGUCUAAUCGUCACACUUCCUCAAGGAGAACCAGCAGCCCAACCGGAUUAACAUUAUGUCGAGCAUGGAGAAGAAUUUGUUUAACCUCAAGUUUGCAGCCAAAGAACUUCAGCGGAGCUCCAAGAAAUGCGACAAAGAAGAGAAAGCAGAGAAGGCCAAGGUCAAGAAGGCAAUCCAAAAGGGCAAUAUGGAGGUUGCCCGGAUACAUGCGGAAAAUGCCAUCCGCCAGAAGAACCAAUCGGUGAACUUCCUUAGAAUGAGUGCUAGAGUGGAUGCGGUGGCUGCUCGAGUACAGACGGCAGUCACCAUGAACAAGGUCACCAAAUCUAUGGCUGGGGUGGUAAAGGGCAUGGAUGCAACCCUGAAGAGCAUGAACCUUGAGAAGAUUUCAGCUCUAAUGGAUAAGUUUGAGCGCCAGUUUGAAACUCUGGACGUACAGACGGCUCAGAUGGAAGACACAAUGAGCAGCACCACAACACUCACUACACCACAGGGUCAAGUCGAUGCUCUGAUGAUGGAAAUGGCAGAUGAGGCCGGGCUGGACCUCAAUAUGGAGCUUCCUCAAGGUCAGACAGGAUCGGUGGGAACCAGCGUAGCAUCUGCGGAACAGGAUGAGCUCUCUCAGAGGCUGGCCAAACUCAGAGACCAGGUUUAAGGAAAACCAGGUGUGUGCAUGUGUGUGUGAAAGAGAGAGAUUGUGUAAGUGCGAGUUUGUACAAAUCAUAUCCCCUGUUUACUGGCCCCUGGAAAUAUUUUCCUCAUUGUUUAUUAGGUUUAAUUCUCUGUUUAUGCAGUUGAGGAUGGGUGUGCAGCUUUUAUUAUCCACAAUAACAUGAUUCUAAUUGGAAAAAACUCAAGUUAGACAAAAUUUCAAAUGUUACAUGGUAACGCUGCUCUCAUCAGGUUGGUUCUGGGGUCCUGCUCUAAUCUCAGUCACUAAUUGUUGAAUUAAAGAUUAUUAUACAUUUCUUUGUAAUAGUACACUUUCUGUUUUUGUUCAUGUUUUAAAUACCUGCUUGUCUUUCAAAUACAUGUUAUGCCAGUGGAGCUACAUUAACCUACAUUAGUGCUGAUAUCAGACAAAUGUUGAGAAAAUUGUGAUAUCUGUUUCUUCCUGCUGCACACAUGGUUUGCCUCUGCUUUAUAUAUAAAAGGCAUGUGAUCAAGAUGAUGAUUUGAAUAAAUUGUUAUCAUUUUGUCCAAAGUAGCAAAAUCUCCAGUUUAUCAGAUUAUUUAUGUUUUAACACAGAGCAUUCUGUUCAUUUAUUCUAUUUUGGUUUAUCAAAAAUACAAAAGAAAAAAAAGCUUUUGGCAAUGUACAGCUCUAUGACCUUGAGCUAUGGAAAUGCGCUAUAUAAAUAAAACUACUUCUUCUCUCAGCUGGUUCUAAUGAGAACGUAUAUAUGUUUGUGUUUAUAUAAAUAAACAUUUUGCAAAUCCUU